UACCUUUAUAAAUGCUACACUGCCACUCGACACCAUUUGGUCCGUUUGAUUUUAUCCGUGGCGAUGGGUGGACUUCUGCUUCUUUGUGCGGUCUUACUGCAGGCGACGGUGUCAUUGCAAGCUGGGAGUAGUCCUCUGAAGUGUGGCCUGGGCUCCACACUGUGCAAGGAUGGCUCUGCUUGUAUCCUCUUCCGCCAUGUGUGUGAUGGGGAGACUGACUGCACGGACGGCUCAGAUGAAAAGGACUGUGAAUCGGGAUGCAAUGAAGAUCAGUUCCAGUGUGCCCACGGGAAGAAGUGCAUAGACAAGGACCAGGUGUGUGACGGCACACCUCAGUGUCAGGACCGAUCUGAUGAACUGAACUGUACCAAGCAAACCGAGGACUGUGUGUUCCACUGUGGCGACGGCAGCCGCUGCCUGCCUGCAAACUUCCUCUGUGAUGGAGAGAGGGAUUGUUCAGACGGCACCGAUGAGGAAAACUGUGAGGACCAGAAGGACGAUGGACAGGAAGAACAAAGGGGCACCAGAGCGACUUCAGCGCCUGCUGUGACUGUCGGCUUGUCGACUCCCAUCAAGUGUGCUUUGGGCUCGAAACCCUGCAAGAGCAAUUUAGAGUGCGUCCUUUACAAACACGUGUGUGACGGAGAAGCAGACUGUAAGGAUGGCUCCGAUGAGGAGGAGUGUUUAUCUGAAUGUGAAAAAGAUCAGUUCCAGUGUGCUCACGGGAAGAAGUGCAUAGACCAGGACCAGGUGUGUGACGGCACACCUCAGUGUCAGGACCGAUCUGAUGAACUGAACUGUACCGAACAAACCGAGGACUGUGUGUUCCACUGUGGCGACGGCAGCCGCUGCCUGCCUGCAAACUUCCUCUGUGAUGGAGAGAGGGAUUGUUCAGACGGCACCGAUGAGGAAAACUGUGAGGACCAGAAGGACGAUGGACAGGAAGAACAAAGGGGCACCAGAGCGACUUCAGCGCCUGCUGUGACUGUCGGCUCGUCGACUCCCAUCAAGUGUGCUUUGGGCUCGAAACCCUGCAAGAGCAAUUUAGAGUGCGUCCUUUACAAACACGUGUGUGACGGAGAAGCAGACUGUAAGGAUGGCUCCGAUGAGGAGGAGUGUUUAUCUGAAUGUGAAAAAGACCAGUUCCAGUGUGCCCAUGGGAAGAAGUGCAUCGAGCAGAGCCAGGUGUGUGACGGCGUGCCUCAGUGUCAGGACCGAUCUGAUGAACUGGGAUGUGCGAAGCUGGAGGGCUGCGCCUUCCAGUGUGACAACAAGAGUCGCUGCAUCCCCGACAGCUUCCUCUGUGAUGGAGAGAGGGACUGCAUGGAUGCCAGUGACGAGGCGAACUGUCCUGAUGAGGGCUGCAGCGCCACAGAGUACAAGUGUACCAGUGGUCAGUGUGUGUCGGCCAAAAUGCGCUGCGACGGUUAUCCGGACUGCUGGGAUCGUUCGGAUGAGGAGAGCUGCACCAACCCACCGAGCUGCAGCACCAAACUCCGCUGCCACCAGAGCACAGAGUGUCUGGUGCAGGAGUGGAUCUGUGAUGGGGAUCUGGACUGCAAAGAUGGCUCAGAUGAGAAGGAUUGUCCUGUGGUUCCACUGAGCUGCGGAGAGUUCCAGUGGUCAUGUAAGUCCAAGACAAAGUGUGUCCCCGCAGCCUGGAGGUGUGAUGGCAUGAAGGACUGUGACGAUGGCAGUGAUGAGGCGGACUGUGGGGUUGGGACUUGCCUCCCUCACCAGUUCCAGUGUGGCAGCCAGGAGUGUCUGGAUCCAGCCCUGGUGUGCAACAGCAUCACCAACUGUGCCGACGGCUCAGACGAGGGAGGAAGCUGCAACGUAAACUGUGCAGAGAUGGACAUCAACCACUGCGCCCAGAGCUGCUACAGCACGCCACAGGGACCGCGCUGCCGCUGUUCUGAAGGCUUCGGGCUCCUGGAGGACGGGCAAACCUGUGCUGAUAUUGAUGAGUGUAAAGGCCGGAGCCCCGGUGUGUGCAGUCACCUGUGCAUCAACACUCCCGGCUCGUAUCAAUGCAAAUGUCACCUGGGAUACAUAAUGGAGGCAGGCGGACAGCACUGCAAGAUCACAGGUGAACCGUUCCUCCUAGCGUCGGUCCAAACGGACCUUUACUUACUCAGCCUGCGCAGUGGCAGCCUGGACUUGUUGAUGUCCCCUGCCAAGCGAGCCAUUCUCUCCCUGGACUACGACUGGAGGGAACAGAGGGUGUUCUGGGCCGGUCUGGACUCUGAGAGCAUCAGAUGGUCCUCGCUGGACCAGAAGACCACAGGGACUCUGAUUAAAGGUGUACGGGCCGACUCUGUAGCUGUAGACUGGCUUGGGAGAAACUUGUACUGGAUCGAUGGUGUGAACAGUCAGAUCGUUGCUGUCAGACUGUCCAAAUCCACCGUGAGCACCCUGGACCACAGCAUCAUCCUGGACGAAGACCUGGAUCAGCCUCGCUCCCUGGCUCUUCUGCCACAAAAAGGGCUGAUGUUCUGGACAGAGAUUGGUAACGUGGUGAAGAUAGAGCGUGCGGGGAUGGACGGGUCCGAGAGGAGGGCGUUGGUAAACUCCAGUCUGGGCUGGCCAGGUGGAGUCGCUGUGGACACCAUCUCUGACAGAGUCUACUGGACGGAUGAGAGGCUGAAGUCUAUUGGAUCGGCAACGCUGAAUGGAGACGAUAUUCGGGUUCUACAGAUGAAAGAGACCACCAACCCGUUCUCCUUGGCGCUGUUUAGUGGCUUGCUCUACUGGACUGAUGCCAAGAAGCGGGUCGUGCGGGCUGCUCACAAAAUCUCUGGAAAGAACCAUCAAGUUCUCCUGAAACGUCAGAGACAACCGUUUGGUGUGAAGAUCGUCCAUCCGUUGCUGCAGAUGGGCAUCGACAGCCCCUGUGAGAAGAUGUGGUGUUCCCACAUGUGUGUGCUGGCCCCAGGACCCAAAGCUGUGUGCAAGUGUCCCUCCGGUCUCUUACUGGCAAAGGAUGGUCUGAGAUGCUCAAAGCUGGCAGACUCCUCGUUCCUGCUGAUUCUGUCGCCCUCCACUGUCACCCAGAUCUACUUGCAGUCCAGACACACAGCAGCAGAGCUGAAAGGCUGGCCUGAACACAUUGCCAUGCAGGUUCCCAGUGUCAAUGAGGCCGCCAUCUUGGACUACAGCCUACGAGACCACAUCCUGUUCUUGACAGACGACAGCACGACUUCCCUCAGCUCCUUUAAGCUGAAAGAAUCAAACUUGUCCCCUCGGGGUCAGCUUCUGAAACUCAUGGGCGACACAAUCACCGCGAUGGCUCUUGACUGGGUUACGCUGAACAUCUACUGGAGCAGCAACAAACAGGCGCGCCUGCAGGUCACCUCGACCACGGCGGCGCACACUGCUGUUCUGAUAGCGGAAGGUAUCGUCAGAGUCGAGGCAAUCGCCCUCCACCCUCCCAGUGGAGGAGUUUGUUAUGUCAACGUGGGUCUGCAGGGAAAGGGUUCUGUGGAGUGCGCCAACAUGGACGGAGCUGAGCGUGUUGUGAGGAAGGAGGCUGUCCAGGCCUCGUCGCUGGCGUUCUCCAGCACCGGGGAUCGCAUUUACUGGGCUGACACAGGUUCAGGAACGAUCUGCUCGGUUCAACUUGACGGAUCUGGUUACAAAGAGUUCAAGACUGAAGGCCUGGCUGCUCUGGCCCUGAGUGGAGAGACGUUGCUCUGGAUGACUGAGAGUGAUAAGACGAGGCUCUGGUACCGGGAUGAGCAGCAGCAAAACAAACUGUGGUUUGAGGUCGGCACAGAAGUGGUCGGGUUUAAGGCGUUCAGUGAGUCAAGUCAGACUGGUUCAAACCAGUGCUCAAAAAACAACGGCCACUGCCAUCACUUGUGCCUGGCCACGCCCAGAGGUCGAACAUGCAGGUGUGCUCAUGACCACGUCAUUGUGAAUGACACGCAUUGCAUCCUGGAUCAGCGCUGCCCGGCUGGCAGCAGACCCUGUCUGGAUCAACUCUCAUGCAAGCCUGCUGAGAAGUUCUGCAACGGACAUGUUGACUGCAGUGACCACUCGGACGAGAACUGUGUCACUCUGAAGCUGGGAUCAGGAGUUAAAGUCCUGGCUACCCCUCGGCGCCGCAGCUCCUCCUCUCCUCCCUUGCCCCCUCCUCAUGUCUCUGAGGAUCCGGGCCCGAACACCACCCUGAAUGUAAGCGGCCAGCUCAGGAACCUGGGCGCCCAGCAGUGCAGCCACAGACUUUGUGGGGGAAACGGACACUGUGUGGAGGACGGAGAAAACACUGCGUGUGCGUGUUCAUUCGGCUACAGCGGCGACUCCUGUGAAAACCACCUCCUGAAGAAGAUGCAGGGUCCCAUCGUGUACGGCGCCGUGGGGCUUUGUGCAGCAGUGGUGGUCAUUGUUGUGAUGGCGGUGGUGGUUAGGAGGAAGAGCGCCAACACAAGGAGAGCUAGGCCGGCUGAUGUGAAGGAAACGAGUAUGACUGAUCUGGAGACAGAGUCCACCCCGACAACACGACCGGUUUCAUCGGACACGGAGAAAACAGAGGAAGCGGUAUCUUCUGUGGACUGAGGCCGAGUAAUGGGCACAUAGUGUUUUAAAAUAAAUGGUUUUUGUGAUAAA